UUGUGGUCUGUGGUUUUAAUAACAAUAUUUAAAUUAUAAUUCAACAUUAAUAAUUUGAAUGGAAUCAUGAUUUUACGCUUGAAUUCUCGAAUUAGUGUCUCAAGGAGAUUAUUAACCCAGCAGGCAUCUAUAAAUGAAAAAUCUUUAGAAUAUUGUGCGACUAUUGUAAGACAGCACGAUUAUGAAAACUAUCUGGCUACUCUACUCUUGAGCAGGACGCUGAGAUCUCCAGCUUUAGUAGUAAGAGCCUUCAACGCUGAAAUAGCGAGAGUUCAGGACCAAACUACGGAUCCUAUGACAGCAGCCUUGAGAUUGCAAUUCUGGCAAGAUGCCGUUGGCGUUAUUUAUGAACAGAACUCAGCCAGUGUACCAGCUAACCCUGUAACUCAAGAAUUAAAUAAGGUAUGUGCAGCAUAUAAGCUACCAAGACGCUAUGUAGAAAGGCUCAUCUCUUCCCGGACGGGGUUAUUGAAGACAAAAUAUUUCAAGUCACUAGAAGAUGUAGAGACAUACACAGAAAACACAGUUUCUACUAUUUAUUACCUCUUACUUUCUAUUGCGGGAGUUGCAAAUGUACAUGCUGAUCAUGCUGCAUCACAUUUGGGCAAGGCUCAAGGAAUAGUUAACAUACUUAGGUCUGUGCAUGUAUCAAAUCACCACAAAACAAUAUGUUUGCCAAUGGAGGUUUUGAUGAAGUAUCAAGUCAGCCAGCAGUCAGUUCUAAGGGGCACUGACAGUGAGAACAUGAGGAAUGUUAUAUUUGAAAUAGCUAGUAGAGCUAAUAGUCAUUUAGAAAAGGCAAGAAAAAUUGAAGUACCAAAGAUAUGUAAUCAGUUAUUUCUCCCAGCUAUUGCUGUGGAUAAGUAUUUAAUAAAAUUGCAAAAGAAAAAUUUCAAUGUAUUUGAUAAAUCAUUACUAUUAGGUAAUCCUAUGUUACCUUUUAGUUUGUAUUACACUAGACUAUUGAACAGAUAUUAAUUUGUUGAAUUAGUAAUUAAUCGACAGCUAAAUGCAAAUAAUUCAAAAUGGUUGAGCUAUUGUUUUAAUCCUCAUUAAUGAUAUGUGGGAAAAAUUAAAGAAAUGUUAUAGAAGAUGCGUUUUUACUUUCAAGCUAAUUCAUUCAUGCAAAUAAAUAAUCACAUUUGAGAUUCAAGCACUGUUUGGCAUCUCGAGUAUAAUAUUAUAAUAGUACCACAAAAUAAUUGCUGUAUAGUAGGUAUAUAUUCUUAGGACAAUAAAUUUUGUUUACAAUUCAA